GCUGUUUCCGGACUCCCAGUCCCGGCAUGCUCUGCGCCCCGGAUGUUCCCCCGGCUGUUUCCGGAGCGCGGCCUGUCAGCUGUCAGCCGGUCGGUGCUCGGGAUGGACGGCCCCCGGGUGGCUGGGGCCCCGGAGCCGUGAGAAGGGCCACACCGCGCAUGGAGGGGGAGAACAUGGAGGCCGAGGAUCCCAACCACAACAGCUGGGAGCCGCCCGCCCCCCCGGAGCCCGGGUACCCCCCCCGGAAACGGAGCGACCCCCCGGGGAGAGCCCUCCUGGGGAUCAGCAGCAACACCUCCAAAUUCCUAAUGAACGUUAUCACGGUCGAUGAUUACCGGAGCACAUACUGGCCCAAGCUGGAAAGUGCCAUCGAUCAGCUGUUAACACAGAGUCCCGGGGAAUACAUCCCAAUAUCGUAUGAGCAGAUCUACAGUUGUGUAUAUAAAUGUGUGUGCCAGCAGCACUCAGAACAGAUGUACAGUGACCUGAUGCGCAAGAUCGCGUGCCACCUAGAGAGAGUGUCUCAGGAUCUACAGGUCAGCUCUCCAGCUCAUUACAUUGAGAAGUUUAACCUGGCUCUGGGGCAGUAUAUGGGGGCACUGCAAAGCAUUGUUCCGCUCUUCAUCUACAUGAAUAAAUUUUACAUAGAAACAAAGCUUAACAGGGACCUGAAAGAUGACCUUAUACAGCUGUUUACGGACCACGUGGCAGACAAGCACAUUUAUAGCCUUAUGCCUUUAUUAUUAGAAGCUCAGUCAACGCCUUUCCAGGUGACCCCUUCGACCAUGGCGAGCAUUGUGAAAGGAUUGUACACGCUGAGACCAGAGUGGGUUCAGCUUGCACCAACGCUGUUUUCCAAAUUUAUCCCCAAUAUUCUGCCGCCGGCCAUCGAGUCUGAGCUCCAAGACUAUGCUGCGCAGGACAUGAAGCUGCAGCAAGAACUCAUGCAGAAUGGAUUCACCAGGGGCGACCAAUCUCGUAAAAGAGCAGGAGACGAAUUGACUUACAAUGGUGCAACAUCAUGUGGUAGCUCUCAGGGGUACAGAUAGGACCCCAGCCUCUUCACGUGGCCCAGGAACAUUGCACGCUCCUCAGGGUCUCUCCUAGAUUCCUGUAAUAAGUGUCGAGUGGCAUAUUUGUGUCCCUAGUCAUCCAGACCUCUCAUCUCUCCUGCCAAACACAGGCUGACGCUGACUAUUCCUUUUUAACAAGAGUCUUCUGUUGUGUACAUAUAUGUAUAUUAUUAUUAUUAUUAUUUUUUUUUUAAAAUGGAACUUGAACUCUUGCUGCUAAACACUGGGGUAAUUACUGAGCAACCGAGAAUUUUAUUUUAUCAGCAUUUUGACUUUUGCUACCCCAAUGGACUUUACCUUGCGUAAACUAAACACAAAGCCCCAUCAGUAAGCAAUACUUGCAGCCUGCCCUCCAUCCAGCAGAGGGAGCUUUUGAUCCUUGAGCUGUGAAGUGCUGUGUGUGUGAUAACCUUCUCCCACUGGAUCCUCUAUUCUCUUACAAACUUUAUUUUUAUGGCGGACUGCAUUAAACUACUCUCUCGUACAGGUCCUGGAAAUGAUGCUGUACACCUCUGUGUGAAAGAUUAACCCUGAUUAAUAGUCAUUAUCAAUUGCAUUUUUUUGUGCUUUAUAUAAACAUUGGGGGAAAAUGUAGUUUGAUUUUAUGUGUUUGCUAGAGUUGAGUUCAUCAGCCUGGAAUCUCCGCUUUGCAGUGUUGUCGGUCAAUCCACCAGCAAUGCUCCUCAAUAUAUGUCACAAUUUUAUCUCAUAUUUAUUUUUUGUCCCCGGUUCUCAAUAAUGAAACCCAUUAAAAACGCACGCUUUACUUUCA